AUGAAAAUCGGUGUGGUACUCUUGACCGUGGCAGCGAGUAGCCUGGCCACCGCUGCCGUCGUUGCUGAUCGGCCUCCUACCAACGAGAACCUUGAACACAAUGUGACAUCCGAGGUCCGUGACCUCGUGCUUGAGAAACGCCGUUCUUCUUGCGGUGAAGGAAUGACCCGCCAAGGCGAGUGGAAGAGCGCCGUAGACUGUCUCCUCGGCAAGUUCGACGACAAGUUAUAUCUGGAUAAUAAGAAAUGGAAAUACUGCAUGCGGGGCGAGACCGUGGCUUUCGUUUGCCCUUAUUCGGGUGGCUACAAGAGCAAGGACGACAUCAAAGCUACAUUCAAGUGGGUUAGUGAUACUUGCGUUUACAACCCCCCCUUUCAAGUUAAUGGUCAAUACAUGGAUCAAAUGGGCUACAACCAAGUCUCUGGGGGCCAGGGCGAUUGGACAGCUGGCAUUGCAGAGGUCAAAGAUCACUUCUGUGACAAGAAUUACUACGGCGAGAAUGGGAAAUUGGAUAACUAG